AUGCUAUACACAAAUAUUAGUAGAACGAAUUCAAUUGGAGCAGGUGCCAAUACUGUCGGAUUGAACAUAAUUCCAUUAAAUUCAUCUGCAAAUACAAGUAGAGUAAGCACUAAUAGCAUCAGACUAAACACAACUCCAUUCGAUGCAAACGCCAGUGGAGCAACUACCAAUCCCAUCCGACCAAAUUCAACACCAUCAAGUACAAAUACAGCGAAUUCAUAUACAACCGUCUCUCCUAUUAAUACAUCAAAUAUUCACACAAAUGUACAAAGCACAAACAAAAAUUCCAGUCCAAAACAUGACAAAAAGCUAUUAGAUCGCUGUGUCAUCAGUUAA